UUACCUUGUAUUUGACCUGGUCACUGGUGGUGAACUCUUUGAAGAUAUAGUAGCCAGAGAAUUUUACAGUGAAGCAGAUGCAAGUCACUGCAUGCAGCAAAUCUUAGAGAGCGUCAGUUAUUGCCAUCAACACAGUGUGGUCCACAGAGACCUCAAGCCUGAAAAUUUACUCCUUGCAAGUAAGGCCAAAGGGGCAGCAGUUAAGUUAGCAGAUUUUGGACUAGCAAUUGAAGUUCAGGGAGAACAGCAGGCAUGGUAUGGUUUUGCUGGUACCCCGGGAUAUUUAUCACCGGAAGUUCUAAGAAAAGAUCCGUAUGGAAAACCAGUAGACAUAUGGGCAUGUGGUGUGAUAUUAUACAUUUUGUUAGUGGGUUACCCCCCAUUUUGGGACGAAGACCAACACAGGUUAUAUGCACAAAUUAAAGCAGGGGCAUAUGAUUACCCUUCACCAGAGUGGGACACAGUGACACCCGAGGCUAAGAAUCUCAUCAACAGCAUGCUGACAGUCAACCCUGCAAAGCGUAUCACAGCAGGGGAUGCACUGAAGCAUCCAUGGAUUUGUCAAAGAGAGCGUGUUGCUUCUGUUGUUCAUAGACAAGAAACAGUGGAUUGUCUCAAGAAAUUCAAUGCAAGGCGCAAACUUAAGGGUGCAAUUCUUACUACCAUGUUGGCUACUCGCAACUUUUCAAGUAAUGUUGUCGCUGGUGCCAAUGGAUCUCAAGGAUCCAACCCGGGCUCAGUGUCCAUGAACAAUACUAUUGCAAAACAGGUCACAGCAAUCCAAGUCUCUAGUAGGAGUCUAAUUAACAAGAAAAACGAUGGCAUUAAAGAGUCCACGGACAGCAGCACUACUGUAGAAGAUGAGGAUAGCAAAGUGACAUUUUCAAUAGCACCUCUGGACAGUAAGAAUAAAUUAGGGCGAAAGCAAGAGAUUAUCAAACUGACAGAACAGUUGAUAGCAGCCAUUACUAGUGGAGAUUAUGAUGGAUACACUAAAUUUGUAGAUCCUCAGUUGACUUGCUUCGAACCAGAAGCAUUUGGUAAUUUAAUAGAAGGAAUGGAAUUUCACAAGUUCUACUUUGAUAAUGUGUUAGCUAAGAAUAGCAAAGCUGUGAAUACCAGUAUUUUGAACCCACAUGUUCACCUGCUUGGAGAGGAUGCUGCCUGCAUAGCAUAUAUUCGUCUUACUCAGUAUAUUGACAAGAAUGGAUUGCCAAAAACAAUGCAGUCUGAAGAGACUAGGGUUUGGCAGCGAAGGGAUGACAGCAAGUGGCAGAAUGUGCAUUUUCAUCGCUCUGGAGCACCAUCAGCACCAGCUAAGUAAAGACUUGCACAUGGACGCAGAACUACACACAAGAAUCUUGUCCCAUUAGCCAGGAGCCAGACAGUCUGACUGGAGUGAAAAUCUAAAAAAUAAACAGAAGUUGCAGUGGUGGUGUAUUUUCUCUCUGUAGUUGAUGUCAGACUUAACUCAAACUGGAUGAAAUUUUUUAUCCUCUUAAGAGGGCAAAGGGUUGUUUUCAGCAUUAUAUUUCAACUUUUCAUGCAAGCAACCUGAUUCACUGAGUUUUCAAAGUCAGUAUAAUUACUGCUGUAGCAUAGUUUGAAGAUUCAUUUCUUUAAUUUUUUGCUAGGUCCGUGCUCUGUUGUUUUUUUUUUUUUAUGUUUAUGCUGCUACCUCAGUGCUUGAUCAAUUUCCCCUUUUCUUAAUGUGAUACUUUGUAAACAGCACCCCUAUUUGUAGGGCAAGUGAACACUAUCAAGGUAGUUAUGCCAUUUGUAAUUCAGCACAUGGAUGCAGAGGUAUGAAAAUAUGGUUAAAAGUUUUUUUCUGUAGUGGUUUCAAAGGAAUGUUUUAGGCUACUUGUCACUUACCAUGUUUGACUCAUUAAGUGCAAUAAAAUUGGGCAAUUGCAAAUGAUGACAUUAUUAUGCCUUUUUAAUUCAUUUAGAAACUUUGCACAGGAUAUGAAUCUAGGACUUUAAAGCCAAAAUUUUGUUCUAGUGAUAUUUUCCCCAUAUGUUCUUUGAGCUCACAGGUAAAAAUUUGUAUAGCUUUACAUUUAUAUUUUUCUCUUUAUUUACCAUAGAUGAAGUUUGUGCACAUAAGAAUUUUUGUUUAAUGUUAUAGCAAUGCCUGAAUCCAUUAGAAGGUGGUAAAUUUGCUAACAACUUUAAAGGAAAGGGAGGGGCUAGCACUACAAAUUAAUUUAAUUAGGUAACUGGGGCUAGCUUGUGAGUAAUCAGUUAUUGUAUCCAUUAACUACUCUGAAGUGUUGAUUACGCAAACAAUUCCCAGGUGAUAAAGGUUGUUGAAAAAAAAAUACAACACAUUACAUUGCACCUUGGAUUAUAAUGGUGUUGCAAAUGUUACUCACAUCGCUUGUAAUUGGUACCAAAAACCAGAGAAGUAAUUGGAAUGGAUUUAUUGCGCCUUCUGGUGUAUUCUUAAAUGGUAGGUUUGUUUCUUGUUUUGAAUAUUGUUUUAUUAAAUGUCUUAGACCUACAGAUGUUUUUAUUGCUUGUUGGUGUGAUUGUUAUCAAAUAAUGAAACCGUUUGAAAUGAAGCUUCAAGGGAGUAUAGACAUUUGUUUGAAGGGUUAUUUUGUAAUUACUUGGAUAUAAUAUGAUGCUAUGUUUAUGUGCAUUUUUAUUACUAAAGACUAAACCAUGUAAAUAAUGUUUCUUUAAUUAGCAUGGAGUAUGGAGAUGUAGCAAGAUAUUUGUCAAAAAGAAAAAAAAAAACCUAAUGCUGACAUAGCUGUAUCACAGGAUAAGAGAAAGAGAACAAACAUGUAUGUAUAUAAGCUGAUCUGACGUGUGUUUUUCUUGAUUUUACAAAAAUUGAAUAAUUAAUACAUUCAUCUUAAGCUCUAGGAAUAACUUAAAUUAACUCUGCAUUGUGAAAAUCUGUUUUGUGCAUGGCCAAACCUACCAAGCCAUUUAAUUUAAUCAGAACUAUUUGGACUUUUCUGAAGUGCUUAUUUCUUACUGUUACUUUGAACUUUGAGGAUCAUUCUAAUUUUUCCUAGAGGUAUGCUUGGAUGCCUUGAUAGGAUAAUUUUAUCUUGGUUACCAGACCGCAGAUGGAUCCCUCACUUAAACCAAGUGUAAUAAGGUAUUGGUGCAUUGAAAUGAUGUUAUUUAGAACAAAUUAAGCAGAAUGGAAUUCCCUUUUUUAUCAUUAUUAUAUGCAAAUGUAUUGUAGUAGACUUAUUAAUGUAUACUGAAUAUUAUGGUAUUUCUUCAAGUGUUUUCUCCAUUAUAUCAUAGUUUCUAAUGGCUGUGGAUUUGCUUUUUUGAAAAUGCCGCCUUGAUUUCAUGAUUUCAACAGGCAGAUAAUGUUAUUUUACUGACUUAGAUAUGUGGUUAUGUGUGAGUAAAUUGACUGGUGGUUACUGGUGAAAUUUUCAACAUGUUAACAAUUACAUUUAGAAGUGGCUUGUAAUUUUCAUUUCAGUAAAUUCUCAAGUAGUCUUUGGCAUUAUUAUAUGCGACAAAUGAAGUACAAGGUUAUGGUAGCAUUUUCUUGUACUAUUUAUAAUGUCACUUUUUUGAUGCAAUGGUCAGUCAUUUUGUCAUUUUAGUGCCAUAAAUCUUGUCUCCAGUAAGUUGAAGUUCAUAGAUUCAAAUUUAUUUCAAAACUUUAAAAGAUAUUAUUGUUUAUGGAAGUUGUGCAAAAAGCAAGGUAUUUCUGCCUGCAUUUAAGUGCAUAUAAUAUUUUUACGCAGAUAGUUCAUUCAGAUAAUGUGAAAUCAAGAAUCAAUAUUAAAUUUUUUAAAUGGUAUUGAAAAUCAUGAAUUAGUGGUGUUGGUUUUGUGUGUUGUGAUCUUGGUCUUUAAAAAUUUGAAGCAAGCUGCAGGAGUUAAUUAACUGGGUUUGAAUAGACACUGUGGGGAGAGUAAAACCAUACAGUUUGCCUGUCUACCAUUCAUACAUGGUUGAUAAAUUGACAAAUCCCUUGCUUGAAAAUUACUGCUAGUCAUUUACUGUUAGAUCAUGAGAUUGAUUAAUUUUGAUUCAAUUUUCAGAAUAAUCAUUUGAAUUCUAAAGUUGUACUAUUGUAUUAAGUAAGUGAUUUGUGAGCUACUGGUGAUCGGUAGCGUUGUUAGUAUUCGUAAUCUAAGUUCAAUCCUUUUAUUCAUGUCUCUGUUGUAAUUGAAUGCCAUUAUCUUUAAAAAAUCACCCUUGUGCUGAUUUUUUUUCUUGACCAUUUUAAUACUUCAGGUAAUAAAAUACUGUGUACUAGAGCCCAAAGAA